AUGAUCGCGUCGGCCCUCCUUGGCGUCGUCGCUCUCGUCGCCAACGCGCUCCCAGCUGCGGCGUAUAUCCCAGCCGUACCGGUCAACGAUACAAGCGCACUCAACCUCACAGCGUCAAGCCCAUUUGACCUAUACUGGUCCCACCCUACUGGAACGUACGGCGGUUUCCUCUCGUACCAGCUCUCUUCUGAUACCAACGAUGGCACAACGUUUAGCGGCGCAGUCGUCCAUUUCACAGAAGCCAGCGCUGGUAUCUGGGGAAAUGUCGCAACACCAUGGAUUGCCUGGGUCUCGUGCGACAAUAAUGAGACCAACGCCAGUAUGGAAGACGACAUUUUCACACUUGCUCGUGACCGUGGUGCCGUUGCCGCCAUCCUAUACUCGCUCACCUCAUCCGCCUGCCUCCUCAACUCCGAGUACAUUGAAUACUUUGACCACGUCUUGGAUGUGUUUGCGACGUCAACUCUGUCUACAUCUCAGCUCUACAAUUCGCAAUUCUCACAAAAGACCAACUCGACAUUCAGUACCUACAACGGAACACUUCUCAACACGACGUCAAAUGAUGUCAACUCCACUCUCACCGGCACCUCACUUACGCACGACUCGUACCUCGGCGGUGUUAUCUUGGCCAGAAAUGGAAGUGCAGUGUCUGGAGGGACAGGUACGGCGCCUGCAUCAACAUCGUCACCCACCCCGGCGGCUUCCAACGCUUCUGGCUCGACCAAAAGCAAGGGCCUCAUUGCCGCAUACGUCGUGGCAGGCUUCAUGAGUGCCAUGGUGUGCAUUACCGUUUUCAGCGUUGUUCGUCGCUCCCUUCAGCCCCUUGAACCCACCAGAGGGCGCUACAUUCCUGGCGGCGGCAUGAACCAGCAGACUGGUCCACCCCGGCGUGUGGGUCUGGCCAAGGCCAUUGUCGACACUUUCCCCAUUAUCAAGUUCAACAAGCCCAUUCACAAGGAUAUUGGAUCGCAGAGUGAUUUAGGCAUCGCGCUACCUGACCUCUCACGACCAGGUCCCGCCAGUAGCACGCUCACGCGCGAACUUGAAUCGGGCCCGCCGAGCACGUUGGGUUUAUCCCCACCGAUAUCCCCACGGAGCUCUGCCUUGAUAGCCGAGCCAGACGUACGGGACGACCAGUGUCCUAUAUGUUUGCUCGAGUUUGAGACUGGCGACGACUUGCGUGUGUUGCCAUGCCAGGGCCAGCACAAGUUCCACCAGGUCUGUGUCGACCCGUGGCUCUUGAAAGUAUCGACCAGUUGCCCGUUGUGCAGAAAAGACUUCAACCCCGAAGUCGACAUUGAGGCGGCCGAAUCUAGCGACGACGACGAGACGACGCCUACCCGCCGUGGCAGCGAACCGCGCGUCACGGCCCGCUAUCUCGCCCUUAUCCGCCGCGCACGCCGACGCGACCGUGGAAGCGAGUCGCGUCGUCCAAGCGCAACAGACGGAACAGCCCGCGGAGGGCCUUCACGGCCUCGCGAGGCGGACCAGAGCGGACCAGGCGGAUACUAG